CCCAGAAACACCAUUCGGAGUAAACACUGUCGCCUUGGCGGAGAAACUGCUUGUUUCUAUAUAGGCUUAUAUUUAUAUUUCGGAGGAAUAUUUUGACGCGUGCUGUAUUUUUUUUUAUAAAACCAUUUAGUGCAGAUGAAGAUCCAGAGGGGUCUGUACACAGUUAUUUUAAUGUGAGUCUCUAAAACGAUUUUACCGAUGCCUGAACAAAAACAUGCCGCGGUUACCCGGAUGAGCUCCAUAGGCGGCGGUGUUCCGGGACUUUAGGACCCACCGACAGAGACACGGGUCUAACGAGAAAGAACAAAUAAUUCACUGGCUUGUAUUUAUUUCACUGUAAGAAGACUCUUAGAGGAUUGUAAUAAGGCCGGAGAUGAAGUGAUCACAACGUCACUCGGCUUGCUUACGGUCAGCUGCACCGCCUCCCCUGGGCAGUCAUGGUGUUCCAGCAGUGAGAGGCUGCCGUGUGGUUCCUGAUCCCCUCCCCGUCCCAUGCCCGCACUUCCAGGCUGAGGCGCUCUCUCAGGGGCCUCUCUUGCUCCCUCGGUGCCCACAACCAUGGAGCACACGCGGGAGAAGGAGGGUGAGCGGCCAGCUCGGAGCAGCAAGGCUGCCCCAGGGCGUGGCACACACUCCCGCCCUUCUGGGUCCUCUGGAGUGCUGAUGGUCGGACCAAAUUUCCGAGUGGGGAAGAAGAUCGGAUGUGGAAACUUUGGGGAGUUAAAGCUUGGUAAGAACCUUUACACCAAUGAAUAUGUGGCAAUAAAAUUGGAGCCUGUGAAGUCGAGGGCACCACAGCUACAUUUGGAGUACCGGUUCUAUAAAACUCUGGGCAGCACAGUGGAGGGGUUGCCGCAGGUCUACUACUUUGGACCAUGUGGGAAGUAUAAUGCAAUGGUUCUGGAGCUGCUAGGUCCCAGUCUGGAGGACUUGUUUGACUUGUGUGACCGGACAUUCUCUUUAAAGACGGUUCUCAUGAUCGCCAUUCAGCUGAUAAGUCGGAUGGAAUAUGUCCACUCAAAAAACCUCAUCUACCGGGAUGUCAAGCCAGAGAACUUCCUCAUCGGCCGUCAGGGCAGUAAAAAGGAGCACAUCAUCCACAUCAUUGACUUUGGACUAGCGAAGGAGUACAUUGACCCAGAGACAAAAAAACACAUACCUUACAGAGAACACAAGAGUCUGACUGGCACAGCGCGAUAUAUGUCCAUCAACACGCACUUGGGAAAAGAGCAAAGCCGACGGGACGACUUGGAAGCACUGGGUCACAUGUUUAUGUAUUUCCUAAGGGGUAGUCUGCCAUGGCAGGGCCUGAAGGCUGACACACUGAAAGAGCGUUACCAGAAAAUUGGUGACACCAAAAGAAACACUCCUAUUGAAGUUCUCUGUGAGAACUUCCCAGAGGAGAUGGCUACAUACCUGCGCUAUGUCCGGCGGUUAGAUUUUUUUGAGAAGCCUGAUUACGAGUAUCUGAGGACUCUCUUCACUGAACUUUUUGAGAGAAAAGGAUAUACAUUUGACUACACAUAUGACUGGGUUGGCAGACAAAUUCCAACACCGGUUGGUUCAGUUCCUGUGGAUUCAGGAGCCUCUGCCAUCACCAGAGACACUCAUACCAACAGAGACAGACCUUCACAACAUCAGCCACUGCGUAAUCAGACUGCCAGCUCGGAGCACAGGGGAGCGUGGGAUGUGCAGCCUCACCGGCAGACCAACCUGUCCUACCUGAGCUCGUAUCUGGCUGCAGACCGGCAUGGGGGCUCCGCACAGGUGGUCAGCUCAACUAACGGGGAACUAAACGCAGAUGACCCUUUAGCAGCUCACUCCAGUGCACCAAUAACAACACAAGCAGAAGUGGAAGUGGUGGAUGAGGCUAACUGCGUGAAAAUGCUCAACUUGUGGUGUUGCUGCUUUUUCAAACGAAAGAGGAAGAAGAAUUCUCCCAGGCACAAAUGAGCCAAAAUAUUCCUUAUUUCCUCUGCACUGCUGAUGUCUCUCCAGCCUCUCCAGGGAAUGCCACUCACGGCUGGGACCUAACAGGCUUAUACAAACACACCAUUGGGUUUAUUACCCUAGACCGACUCCUUAAAAGUCCAGAGGCAUCUGCUGGGUGUGACUGUCUCCCACCUUGCACUCUUCUUGUAUUCUGCCUUUUUAUUUAGAUUUUUUUAUUUUGAAUUUUUUUUGGUUGUUUUUGUGGAGGACUGUCCUAAUGAAGAGCCAGUCAAAUAGAGGACCAUCUUGCUGCAUUUCUCCUGCAGGGUCUCAUUUAGCUAUGGUGGACAUUUUGGUAGGACGUCUAGUGUCCUCUGCUUCCCUCCCAAGCAUCGAAAUAACUCAAGGCCUUCCUUGCAUUUCUGUCUGUCUGGCCUUUUUAAAGUUCUUUGUCUCCUUCUUGUUUCUUAUUUUAGUUUAUUAAAGGGAUAAUGCAUCACCUGGUGGUACCGAGACUCCAUAGCACAAUAUGCUCACACUCCAGUGCACAGUGUUUUCUACUGCAGUGCAGACUGAAUAUAAAUGUCCACUCUGUGUACUCGUCAUUCAUUUGAUUUAAACCAAAUGUCAGCAAUACCAACACUAUGGAGAUGUGCACAGUGGUGUCACCACAAAAUAAACCCUCAUUCUGAAUCAUUCAGGGGCACAGACAAUAGGAAUAGUGUUUUAGCCCUUCACACACAUCGCCACACUCCCACACCCCACAUCAUGACAAUCACAGUUAGCGGGAGUGUGUUACAGUAGGCAGAAACCCUAUCACAUGGAAAAGUGCAAUACAUACCAUGUCUGUAUGUAUAAGUGUAUGCAGUUCUUGCAGUUCUGAAGGCAUUCGGCAUAGAGGACUAACCUGCGGAAGGAUAUUUGAUACUCGUCCCUCAAGUUAAAAAGCUGAAAGAUUAAUCCAUAUAUUAAAGUAUUUAUCCUGAAGGUAUUCGUAGCAUGUGAGAUGUUCUGACUAGAUAACCAAAAGCCAUAUUUCAUGAAACUGUGUAUUUAACUGUAUUGUAGUUUGCAUGAUCUUCUCUCCCAUGGCUUCCCCCCAACUACGUUUACAGCAGGUGUAAAGAGAACCGGAGAACCCAGUUCAGUACCACCAAGAUUUAGCUUGAGACUGCAUAGCGCGUGUGCUAAUUGCUGCAAUUCAGCAUCUCUCAGCUGCCUUUUCCCGGAGCACUCUCGCACUCUCCCUCUCUUCGUUUUCUCACACUCUUUUUUUUUAAGUCAGAUUUCCUUUCAUGUGUUGAUUAAUCCCCCACAGACAACUCCAACUAAUUUAGUCUUUUUUUAUGUGGGGAUUCUGUGUACAUGAGUGUGAUUUUGUACAGUAAGGAGGAGGAAAGAGGAAGAGUUGCUCUCUCACAUCAAUCACUUCAGGCCUCUGCUCUUGUGUCCCCUGCUGGCCGUACUGUGUAAUGCCUUAACUAGACUGACUGACUCUACAGAGCUGCACUCACACCAGCCAUUUUAGCUGGGUAAGGAACCCAGUCUGAAACCUGCAUCAUUAAAUAGAUAAUUGCUAAGUUUCUGAGUUCCUUUUUUUUGGACCACCCCCUGUCCUAUAACUGUAUUUAAGAGAAUAUGAAUACCCUUUGAACAAAACAAAGCCUAACAGAGUUGAAGUGUUAUUUAUUAUUGUGGAUAUGGGUAUUAGAGCUAAAGAUGACUCAGAAGGCCCAAACUGCAUCAGAGACAGGACGUGGAUAAAAUUAAUAUAUGAUUAUGUGACUGAUCAAUACAUCUUCUCAGACUAUGUGGAGAUGUCUGCUGUAAUGCUGAAAGCUAAGAGGUAAAAGCUAAGGCCCUAAACAUACUUCAUGCAAAGCACGUGAACGCAGACUGAGUUUUACAGGAAAAUUAAUAGCAUUUAAAAAUACAUCUCAGUGCAUUUCACAACACGUUGUCUUGUACUGCCAGCAUGUUAUUUCCAUGGCAGGAAUUGAAUUCUGUUUACAGAUGCUGACUACUUAAUGUUUUAACCAGUAACAAAGCAACACAUGUUGAGUUCGUACAGUGCGAUUGUGCAUUUGCGUGAAGUGUGUUUCAUGCCUAAGAUCUUUUUAUUCAGAGUUUUUUAUAUGCGUCAUGUUCGGUUCUUCUGCGUCUUUUUGAACCUUCUGUUUUUGCUUUGGUCCUCAAAACUACUAGCUUUUUGAUGUGUUUGUGAGUUUUUCCAUGUAUGAGCAGCCGCCUGUUUAUAGCAUUAAUUCUACUUUUUUCUACUUUUAAGACGCUUGUGUUUUUAAUGUUAUGCUUGUUUUGUUUUGCCUAUUGAUUACCACUUACAGUCUAAAAAGAUGGAAAUAUACUUUUUUCAGAUUUUGCCUUGAAACAAAACCAACAUUUAUUUUGUAUUUUAAUGAACCAUGCCUCAAAGUAAAGUUGUUAUAAUGUGUUAUGAUGUGCAUGUACACUGCUUUUAAGUGUACAUGUUGACAAUUUGUGAGUUUGAUUGUGAAUGUGUGAUUCAGUUUGUUUGGAAACACUAUGAUCUCAGUGGCACCUCCUGGUGGGGUGGAUGAGAGAGUCUGGGCUGGAUUUAUGCUUUUCUUGUAAUUUAGCCAUGUAAACUGUUUUGCUGAAUUUGUGUGCAUUUAUUUGUGUUUUAGUUUGUUUUUCUUUAUGAAUUAUGAUUUUUUUUUGUUGUUGUUAAAUUGGACACUGACUGAACCAGUCUUGAAAUGUACUUGAGUUUGAAAUGCACUUGUCAUUAUUUUACCUGGGCCUGUCUGCGUGAUGAAUCUUAGAGUAGUUGAUCUGCGAUCAGAUUACCUCUGUUACUGUUUAUCCCAUUCAACAGCAUGCUUGAAACCGAAACGUUCCGAAUCGGCCACUGUACACUGAGCUGCUUUGUGUGAACAUGAGCCCCUGAGCACUGUAUACAUGAUGCAGAAGAAUGAGUGAGAAGACUUUCACAUUGUCCCUAUCUGACUUUUAGCUAUUAUUCAGGUAUAACUCUGCUUUUAACCUUAUUAAUUGAUUGUUGUAACUACUGGAAACUGUGGCUGUGUCUGAUACUGUUCCCUAGUCACUAUAUAGUGCACUACUGGCUUCUGCCAUUUUGUAGUGCUGUCUAAAAAGUAACUCUUAACAGUCUCACAAUGCACCAUAAUUUAGAAUAUACAAACAGUGUACCCUAUCAGCAGCCAGGGCUCAACAGAGCACAGUAGGCCAUGCUCUCUUUGGGUGGGUAGAUGGGGCUCUCUCUUCAUCGCUUCAAUUGUGAAGCUGGCUGGGCAUAGGGGCCUGUCAGCCUGUGUAUUUCCCUGUAAUAGUGGUCUAUAUAGGGAUCUGAAUUAUCGCAUAUAGGCAAUAGUGGGUUUUGGUUUCGGGCACAGUUUUUAUCUUCUAAUCUAUUAGGGAAAACAACAGUUUGUCAAAACUGUUUAAAGAAAACAUCCCUUUUUGAGGUUUGGUUGUUAAACGCGGCAUUGUAGAAAAAUAGUAGGGUGUUUUCUAUCUGUACAUCUUUUUUUCAUUGCUGCGCCAGUGGUUAAAAGCAUCAUUCCACAUCUGUCUGGUUUUGUGCAGUCGAUUAGUGUUCAUGUUUGAAUAUUUAAGUUGUUUAUUCAGGGAGAAUGCACUGAGGUGAUGUGCUCAUAUACAGGCAUGCCCUGGGAAAGUGGUAUUUGGAGCUUUGUUGCCUAUUUUCCUUUCUUUAAGCCAAUGUUAUUUAUGAUGAAAGAAAUUAGUGCUUGAAAAAAUAGAGGCUUCUCUUAGAGAGACCAUCAGCUGUCAAUGUUCCACCCUACAGUACUAAAAUUGAUCAACUGGUUUCCCAUUCACAGAUUGACAGAAUCUAAACAGAAUUUGAAAUGGACUGUUUAAAAAUUUGGGGUUACCUGUUUUGCGUCUGAAAAAAAGAUUCUGUGGGAUGAGUGAAAAGUGACUCAUUAAUGUAAGAAAUGCAUUCCAUUAUUUCCUCAAUUUUCCAGCCUCUGGUAUGGUGGACUUUGGGCUGAUAAGUAUGCUGAGAUCGGUCUUGUCUUUGAACUGCAGAAUAUUAUUUCCUUCCUGUUGUAAAUUAUGUAAAAUAUUUAAUUGUUUGAUGGUCUUACGGUUAAAAAGUCUAUUUUAGACUUUUUUUUGUUUGUUUAUUUGUUUUCUGGGCGCCUUUCCGUUCUUAAACUGUGUAAAGCAAACCUGUAUAAAGCUAUGAAAGCAGUUGUCUGGUAUUGGUCUGAAUAAAGUUUCAGAGUUACAGGUUCUGUCAUAAAGGGUCAUUUUUCCAGACACAGUUUUAGCUCAGGCCUGGACUAAAUGACACUUUCAACAGGAAGUUUUUUUUUUUCUUUGUUUUUUCAUUGAGAAUUCUUUUUAUGUACAUAAAUGCUUAUGAGGCCUAAUCUGUGUCUGGAAAAAUAGGCCCCCCAAGAUGUACUAUUAAUAGGACUAUUAUUGUGUUAAAGUAUUGAAUGUCACAUCCAAAAUGUAUCUUUACGCUUUAACUGUGCUUAAGGGCUCCAGUUGUGAAGAACCCGUUAGUUUUACAGAUUUUGAAACAUUUCUGUUAAAGACAGCCUUGUGUGUUAUAGCUGCUCUUUAGAGACACCAUGUGAACAGCCACACACAACCUCGCUGAAAACUCACUCAACUUUUUAUUCCUUACACCCAAAGGGGGAAGCUCAAGUUUGGACCCUUUUUUAUGUCAAAUAAAAAAAGUCUCUCUUAA